UCAAGAGUGAAAGAGGAAGUAGGAGGGAUUUGACAAAGAAGAUGGUCAGCAAAGUGUUACUCUGUGUGUUAUCAGUCAUUGUUCUAUGUCUGGCAUUUGCACAAGCUCAACAUCAUCAGCUCAGCCAGAGUCGUUGUAGCUGCAUCCAGACAAUAAACCAAUUACACUCUUCAAUGAAAAUCAGCAAUGUUAAAAUCUCAUUGAAACAGAACUUUUGUGAAAACGUGGAAAUCAUUGUCACCUUGCAGAAUGGUAGAAGAAAGUGCUUGAACCCUGAGUCUGAAAUUGGAAAGAAUAUUAUUAAUUUUAUGGAAAGCAUGAAGAAAACUACAAAAAAGAACUGAUUUUACAAAGUGAACAAUGCUGAACAUGGAACAGAACAGCAUCUCAAAAAAUUAGCUGGGUGAACCAAUAUUUCUAUUGUGUAAAGAUUACAAAUGUUGAUGA